AUGUAUGAAUGCCUUUUAUACUCUUAUGCACUUUUCUUUGUAAUGAUUUUGUCUUAUGAAUUGAUUAACGUUGCGUAUACUACCAAACCAUCUUAUUAUUCAACUGAAUUAUUUUUAGAAGCCAAAAGAAAUCAUCUUAAUAAUGUUAGGUCGCAACUAUUUAAGUUUGUAAUGUAUUUAUUUGUAAUAGCACUACUGUUCUGCAAAAAAAAUGGAAACAUUCUGAAUUUAAAGCAUAACAAUUUUAAUUAUACGACAAGUAGCGGAUCUCAAGGGACAAAGAUAUGCAAUUUAAUAUACAAUUUUUACAACUAUCUUAAGACUGUACUAGAGGAGCAAAAUAUUUUAAUAGCCAUAAUAUUACUAUAUCUUUGUUUUGAUUAUGAUAACAAAAAAAUUGUAAACGUACUACUUGCCUUUUUAGAAUACUUUAUAUUACAUAGAUUUAUAUUAAGGAAUCGGUAUUUUGUUAUAUUCGUAUUUCUUAGAAAUGAAUGGUUUUAUAGAGCAUGGAAGAGAUCUAUUGGAGCUAAAAUUAUAGAUAUUUGUACCAAAGAUAAUCUCCCUAAAGAAAUUAUCGACUUUAUUGAAGGGCGAGGAUUUGUUUUUAAUGUACGCGACAUCGAAAGUACAGAAUGCAAUAUUUACGUAGUUAGUAAUCUAAAAAUUGCUACAAUCUACGUUUGUAACAAAGUAUACAAUUUAAUGAGUCAACAAGAAUUUUUAAGCUUAUUGUACCAUGAAGUGGGACAUAUUGUUACGUAUACAUGUUUAAAAAAAACUGUUAUCAAUUUUUUAAUAUUUUUUAUUCCAUCAUUUUCCUUUACAAAAUAUUUCUUAAAGCCUACUACAAUAUCCUAUUUAAAGACAUUGACUGCACUAGAAAUUACAGAAUUUGCUUUAAAAAUUCUUGGUUGUGGGUUUAUUUUUUUUGGACAAGCAUAUGAAUCAAUUCAAUUUUUAUUUACUUUUUUUGACGAAAUUAAGGCCGAUAAAUUUAGUGUAGGUAUGUAUCCACGUGAAUAUCUUAAACAGGGAAUUAUAAAGAUGUGCAUGGAGAAUAGAUCGGUGUAUGAUUGCUCUUUGCUUUAUAAUUUGUUUUUAACAUCUCAUCCCGCAUUAAAAAGAAGACUAAAGAUGAUUGAAAACUAUUAA